AUUCCGUCCUGCGUGUCUGUUCUGAGGAGCAGUAGGCAGUUUCCUCCGUCCGCCUUCUCUCACACCGAAGUGCGCGCCUCCACCUCAUGGAAGACUCGAUGGACAUGGACAUGAGCCCUCUCAGGCCUCAGAACUACCUUUUCGGUUGUGAACUAAAAGCUGACAAGGAUUAUCACUUUAAGGUGGAUAAUGAUGAGAAUGAGCACCAGUUAUCACUAAGAACGGUUAGUUUAGGGGCAGGGGCAAAAGACGAAUUACACAUCGUAGAGGCAGAAGCAAUGAACUAUGAAGGCAGUCCAAUUAAAGUAACACUGGCAACUUUGAAAAUGUCUGUACAACCAACAGUUUCUCUUGGGGGCUUUGAAAUUACACCACCUGUGGUCUUAAGGUUGAAGUGUGGUUCAGGGCCUGUGCACAUUAGUGGACAGCACCUAGUAGCUGUAGAGGAAGAUGCAGAGUCAGAAGAUGAAGAUGAGGAGGAUGUAAAACUCUUAAGUAUGUCUGGAAAACGAUCUGCUCCUGGGGGUGGUAACAAGGUUCCGCAGAAAAAAGUAAAACUUGACGAGGAUGAUGAGGAUGACGACGAAGAUGAUGAGGAUGAUGAAGAUGAUGAUGAUGAUGAUUUUGAUGAUGAGGAAGCUGAAGAAAAAGUUCCAGUGAAGAAAUCUGUACGAGAUACCCCAGCCAAAAAUGCACAAAAAUCAAACCAAAAUGGAAAAGACUUAAAACCAUCAGCACCAAGAUCAAAGGGUCAAGAGUCUUUCAAAAAACAGGAAAAAACUCCUAAAACACCAAAAGGACCUAGUUCUGUAGAAGACAUUAAGGCAAAAAUGCAAGCAAGUAUAGAAAAAGGUGGUUCUCUUCCCAAAGUGGAAGCCAAGUUCAUUAAUUAUGUGAAGAAUUGCUUCCGGAUGACUGACCAGGAGGCUAUUCAAGAUCUCUGGCAGUGGAGAAAGUCUCUUUAAGAAAAUGGUUUAAACAGUUUGAAAUAAUUCCGUCUUACUUAAUUUCUGUAACAGUUGAGAUAUCCGGCUGUCCUUUUUAUAAUGCAAAGUGAGAACUUUCCCUACUGUGUUUGAUAAAUGUUGUCCAGGUUCCAUUGCCAAGAAUGUGUUGUCUAAAAUGCCUGUUUAGUUUUCAAGGAUGGAACUCCACCCUUUACUUGGUUUUAAGUAUGUAUGGAAUGUUAUGAUAGGACAUAGUAAUAGUGGUGGUCAGAUGUGGAAAUGGUAGGGAGACAAAUAUACAUGUGAAAUAAACUCAGUAUUUUAAUAAAGUAAAAAA